GUACCUGUCAUACAAGGAUUACAUAUGUGUCAGAUUAGUCAUGUGUUCAAAAACUUCAAGUAACUUGUUAGCAAGAAAUUAAGAACUGGAACAUUGGAAAUGAAAAUAUUCAGAUAUCAUAAGCUCCAAAGAUCAGUGACCCUUCUACAACUUUUCAUAACUGCCAUAUAAAGGGAGAAAACAGAUUAUUGUGUACUUGUCUACAUGAUGACAUUGUUCAGCAAGAAUACUUUAGCAUUCAAUUAUCUCUAAUUUUUUUAGAGCCCAACCAAUCAUAAUGAUGAUUGAGUGUUCUAUUAGAGUAGCCUUAUUUGUUUAAGAAUCUUCAAGAUAAAAGCCCUUUUAAGGCAUAAAUUAAGAGAAACUUUCCAUAUUUAAGAAAUGACAAUGUAGGCCAUAAUGGAGACCCAAAAGAACAAGCAUUUAGAUAAAGUGAUGAUAUCCCUUGGGCUUAACAACAAGAAGUUCCAAGCCUUUAAGUGAUGGUUAUAAAGAGGAAAUCUUACUAUCCUUUAGUUCUACAGAAAAUAUAUCAUUGACACAGAUAAGUGUGUAAAAGCUUAGGAAAAUGACAGGGCUUGGAUCUUCAUGUGGAGCAUGCAAAUUCCUGAGGAGAAAGUGCACAAGUGAAUGUGUAUUUGCACCUUACUUUUGUUAUGAUGAGGCUGCAAGUCACUUUGCAGCAGUGCACAAGGUGUUUGGUGCUAGCAAUGUCUCAAAGCUAUUAUUACAGUUACCGAUUGUGUAUCGAAGUGAUGCUGCUGUCACCAUAUCUUAUGAAGCACUAGCUCGAAUUCGGGACCCCAUUUACGGUUGUGUUGCUCAUAUCUUUGCCCUUCAACAACAGGUUGCAAACCUACAAGAGGAAAUAAAAAUUCUCAUUAACCAAAUGACCAAUCAUGCAGUUGAGUUUCCCGGCUGCCUAAAUCCUCAUGCAGCUACUUACUCUGAUGGUAAGAUACAAUUUGAUUCCCUGCAUGAAACCAUCAGCACACUCUAUUAUCAAGAUGAACAAGCAACACUCCACAACCAUCCAGGAUUUAUAACUGGAAAUCAAAUUCUCAAUGGUGAGUUGUGUCAAUCAAUUCCACCUUCAUACAAAUGGGAGGAAGACCUAAACUUUCUCUGUGACUUCUACCAAAACAUUCCGGAAAUGUACUUCCAAGGAGUGGAAUCAGGAAUCCUCAUAGAUUAUCCAUGCAUGGGAAACAGUACUGUAAUUACAAACUGGGAAGGUUCAAUCUGGGAGUAAAUUCCAGCUCUCAUAACAAGGAAUUGGUUCUUUUAAUAUAAGAAUCUGUCUCUACAAGGGAAAAGUUUUGUACAAGCCGUGAUGUAAUUUAUGUUAGAUUACCAUGAUUCUUAUGAUGGAUGUUUAUGUCUGUUCUAUUUUGAAUUUCCAAAUAAGCACCUUGUCUUCUAAUGUAUCAGAUGUUUACACUAAGAAGAUCGUGAACAUAUAGAAAAGUGAACUCUUAAGUCUCAAAACUAUUGUUUCUUAUAGCAAUUUUGGAAUAAAAAGGCAACCAAAUUAGGGAAGUUAUUAAAGAGAAGAUGAUGCAAGAGCUUGCUAUUAAGGAUGUUAAAACACAGGGAAGCUUGA